AUGGCCACAGCUUCUGCCUUUUGUUCAACGAAUUUUGAUGAGCAGUCUGAUGUCGACGGUCCUGUCUAUUAUUGUGAACUGUGUAAUCGUGCAUUUUGUGAAGAAACGUUACUUCUAUUACACAAAGAAUAUGAAUGUAACCCAGAAUAUACUUGUCCAAUAUGUAAUCAGAUAUUUUACGAUUCAUCAGUUUUACAAAUUCAUGUUAAUGAAGAUCAUGAUAAUUCACAAAUGGGCUCCUAUGCACAAGCUGUUAAAAGUGGACUUUCAACCAAUGUCACAUCAACAACAGUUAGUGAUUCCUUAUACGCACAAGAUAUACAACGGCGACAACAAAUGAAAGAACAGUAUGAAAUGUCAAAAACAACAGUAUCCAUGAGCGAAGAAGGCGAAAAGGAUGAUGAUCAAUUUAAUAAUGAUCAUGCAUUAGCUCUGACUAUACAGCAAGAAGAAGACGACGAAAAUUUUAAAGCAUUUCAACGUAGAUAUGGUGCAAAUAAUCAAUCGUUUAGUGAUCGUGCUCAACAGAAUUUAGAUAAUCAUUUGAAAAAAAAUUUUAUUAGUCAAGCAGAAUAUAAUGAUUUUAAAAUGAAACUAAAUCAAUUAGCGAAACAACCAGUUGAAAGACAAGAGUCACGAACACAAGGUAUUAUUGAUUCAAUUCAUCAUUUUGUACCGACGAAUGGUGUGGGAGGUGUCAUUGAUCGUCGUCUAGUAUCAAAUUGUGAUCAUUUUUCUGCCACUUGGUUAGAUGGAGGAUGGUCAUGUGGUUAUAAAAAUUUUCAAAUGUUGCUUUCAUCAAUGAUGCACGAUGUUCAAUAUCGUCAAAAACUAUUUUGUGAACGAUCUGAUAUACCGUCAGUGACUAGAUUACAACAAUUAAUUGAAGAAGCAUGGCGUAACGGAUUUGAUAGUCAAGGUAGAGAACAAUUCAACGGAAGAUUAUAUCAAUCAACAAAAUGGAUUGGACCAACAGAAAUAACGGCGUGUUUGGCUCAUUGUAAAAUUAAAACGGAAUUAUUGGAUUUUCAUAAACCAACGAAUGUUCCAAAGUCAAGUUCAUACCAAUAUUUAUUUAAAUGGAUUAAAGAUUAUUUCGAUAAUGAAAGCUCAAAACGAGACAGAAUUGUACAUCCACUUUACCUACAACAUGAGGGUCAUAGUCGAACAAUCAUUGGUUAUGAACAAAUGCGUGGGGCUCCAAUUCGUUUGUUAUUAUAUGAUCCAGGUACACCAAAAUUUGAAUAUGAAAACUUUUUAAAAUCUCCUCGACAAAAAAUGUACAUAUUACGUCGUACGUUACAAUCAUUUAAUAAACCUGUUUAUCAAAUACUUGUACUCAGAGGUUUAUUAAAUCCACAAGAACAAGAGACUGCAAAAAUUAUUCGAUCAACAAAAGUAUCAUGA